UCGGAGCGUGCGAUUACAACUGUGAUAGUGCCGUUUGUUGCUGACCGCCUGACAGUGUUGGCCUUUUGGGUCUGUGCUCAGCAACUGUGAUAAAACAUAUAUUAACGAGAAUGUGUUUUGUUUACAGCAAAACCUCACUUGGAGGAUAAAGAGAGCACUGCGGAGGGAGGGGCAAUGCUACAGAGUUCACACGUGGAUCUGGAUUUGGCACGGCUAUUGCAAAAGUUUCCAGCUGACAAGAGGGAAGCCGAGUACACACAGGUGCAGUUGGUGGUGCUGCAGCACAUGGCAGCACUGCGCAGAACGUACAGCAAAUACAGCGGGCUGGGUGUAACGCACUCCCCAGACAACACGUUCAUCCUCAGUCGGAUGCAGUGGUGGCGUCUCCUCAAGGACUGUCGGGUGCAUGUCGAGGGCCCUUCCUUGGCACAGGUCGAUCGUCUGCUUUCCACUUUUGAAGAACCCCUAGAUCAGAUCCACUACCCUAAUAAACGACUGCUCAUGAGGCAAUUCUUGAGCAACUUGACCGCCCUGGGAUACCACAUGUAUCACACAGACUACGCGGGCAAAAGUGGUGAACUGGCCUGGUGUUUGUCACAGCUCAUGAAUAAUGCCAUCCUCCUGCACGCAUGCACCAUCAGGGGAUCGGUGUUUGGAGAGGCUUGGCGUGCCCAGACUGCUCUAGAGUACGCAUCGAAGAGCUGGGAUAUCUACAGCAGCCUUUGCAAAACCAACUUAUAUUCCCCGCACGAACCAAUUCUCACUGCACGGAACUUCUUGUGGAUGCUGCAGGAAUUUAAGCUCAUCUCCAAGUCACUCUCAGCAGCAAAAGUCGUGGAGAUUUUGAGUCUGGACAAUCCGGCAAUAUCAGAUGGGGCGUCCUGCAAUCUUCAAUACGAGCUCACCUUUCUGGAGUUCUUUGAGGCUCUGGCAGUAUGUGCCGAGGUGAGCGUGCCGGAAAGGUCGGAUGGCCGAACUGCUGUGGAGCCCUGCGCCGCGGCAAACUUGGCUCACAGCUGCAGUGGUGCACGUGCGAGAUGGAGCCAGAGGGAAUCGGAUCCACAGCAGCGAUGGGGCCGGUGGAAACUCGAAGAGCCGCAAAUGGCUCUGCCAGUGGACAAGAGUCAAGAGUCCACUACGCAAGAAUUCACGACGCAAGAGUCAUCACAGGCUACAACCCGAGAGUGGAGUCCCACGAAUCGUUAUGAUGAUAAUACUGUGAUUGAAGAUGCCUGGAAAAACCAGCUGUCCGCGUUUUUUGUGGAGAAACUGUUUGGAGCAUUUGAACGUAACGAGGCCCUGAAGGCUGCGGCCAAAAAGGAGCAAGACCAGGAGGCUGAUCGUGCUUACAAUGAAAACAUCAAGGUCCGGCAGGCAUGGGAGCAGCGAAUGGCUCUGGAGAUGGAGGCAAUGCACGCUGUGGAACGAGACGGACUAAACGAACAGGGAGCAACUCUCCCGUGGGAAGAUGGGGCAAUGGUGCGGCCCGAUGAACCUCCCAGCAAGGAGCAAGAGAGACCCGCCAACUCCCCAGCUGUUACAAAGUCGACGUCUGCGGUGAAAGUUGCUCUCAACUCGAAGCCACAUUCCGCCAAGGACAAGAAGAAAAAGAAGUGACCACAUUCGUAGUGCCUUUGAUGUAUUCUUAAUAAUGUUUAUUUUAAACAGCCUUUAUUAAGAAACGUCUCAAGAAUAUUUUCACAAGGGUCUUGCAUAGGAAUGUUCGGCAGAAAUGUGUUGACCUUUUUUUUUUUCAUGUGUUAAGAAAUUGGCAUUCUGAGAAUCCCUAUGCAUGUAAGGAAACAAUGGAUACAAGUCAACCAAGGCAGGUUUAUAAGACCCACUUGCUAUUCUGCUGUCUGCAAACCACCUCAGACGAGCUUGUGAAGGAGUUUCAACACUCAAAAUAAGCGAUUCAGCAAAAAGUUAAACUACGGUCCAGUCGAUUCAUGAUUUAGUUGACAAUUUUAUACAAAGGCUUUCAAGACCAAUGUUAAGAUUCACAACACGCCACAGCCACAGCUGAGCUUCUGGUUGUAAUCUCCAGCGAAACAGCGUAUACGAUUUGUCAAAUUAUUGUUUGCUUUUCAAUGUUCCGGUUUGCUGAAGAACAAAUUCACUUGGCACAUUUAACCACGUGCUCUGUCGGGUGGUGGGGGGUUAUAUUUAAUCUGAAAUUAUACCUACAUGAUCUGACUGAGAAAUAAACGAAUUAUGAAUCGUU